AUGCUGGCUAAAACCCAGUACUCUGCUGGCCCCCUAGGGGUACCAACUCCGGUGACGGCCUAUCACACGACAACCUCCCGACCCGCGACAGCGACAAAAGCGGAUGGAGUUGGCUUUACAAGCCCAACGAAGUCCGAAUUCUCCGACGGACAGGAUGAGCUUGCGGCCAUUCGGGCGUGGGAUGAGAAGAAGGUGGUCGCCUGGCUACACAGCAUCAAAUGCGGUCAAUAUGAAUCCAUAUUUAGAGGUAUUAUUUCCCUUGUGAUUGAGACCAACCGGGGGAAAACUGACGCCGCUAUAGCUAAUAACUUUAACGGCGACAAUCUGAUCGACUGCGACCAGAAGAUAUUGCAAGAGAUAGGCAUCAAGAAAGUGGGCGACCGAGUGCGCAUCUUUAUCGCAAUCAAACAACUUCGGAACAAAGCCAUGGUGAAUCCAAGGCAAAAGAAUAUUGUAUGCAGUUUUGUCGUUUCACAUGUGACUGGGAUGCUGACUUUGGAAAAGAACAAACUAGCUGCUAUGGAGGCUGCGGCCCUGUCCUCUGAAACUUCGCGCUUCUCCGGUUUCCCAUCUCUCGGCAAUGGACGCAUGUCUCAGCUAGGGGAGGAAUUUGGCAAAUCAUCACAACCUGGCACACCUGGAGACUCCUGGCGCAAGGAUUAUCUCAAUCAACCAUCAUCAGGGGGCUCAGGGACCGGUCGUACUGCCACUGACGGGUCGAGAAGCUCUCACCCGCGGAAUCCCAGUCUUGACGGGCUGACGAUGGGCCCACUCCCUCCUAAUUCACCUGUGAUUCGCGUGAUCUACACUGGUGGACAGACCAAGGUCCUUGAUAUUCGACACUGCAAAACACCAGAUGAGGUGAUGGUUGGUGUUCUGAAGAAGCUGCAGCUGCCAGAGCACCAGUACAGAAAUUACUGUUUCUAUGUUCUGGACGGCUUAGACCCGGAUCUGGCAAACUGCAGGCGGUUGACUGAAAGCGAGCUUAUGGAAAUUUGUGAAGGCGUCAGCAAGUCCGAACGCGGUCGUUUGAUCUUGCGAAAGAUUCACGCUGGGGAGCCGGAUGGUGAUGAACUUCGACGAGCGUCACAGCUGGCUGUGGACGAAAGUUCUGUUACCCAUCAAAUCGCGCUGAACAGAUCCAAUCGCCGUAACCAACACAAAAUCCAACAGCUCACCGGUGAAUCCUGGCAGGUUAUCAACACCAAGCAGCCAGUCUCUCCACAAGGACCCCGCAGUCGGUCUACUCCCUCCAUUGAGCAGGACCAGAUGUCACCAGGCGAUCAACGUAACCCAGUGGCCAAGCUUCGGUCAUUCUUCGGCCAGAGACCUCCAAGUGAGAUGAUUAUUCACGAGCUUCCAUCCUUCUUCCCUAGUCAUGAUCGCCAAGAUAUCGAAAAGACAAUGCGGAGAUCGCAACGUCUCAGCCGUGCUGCAAGUCGUCUCAGUGUUGUUAGCAACUACAGUGUUGCGUCGAGCCUUAAGGAUGCGCCUCCACUUCCACCGUUACCUUCUAUUCCUCCUAUCCCCCCAAUGCCUAACAUUGCCGAUGCCUGGCUUCAACACCAAGGCGGAGCACCGGCGGCGCGUGCGCGGCCCACGUCUAUUUCUAAAUUUAACCUUCCCCAAUCCUCAUACCGCGACUCUAUUGCGUCAAGCACCCUUCAACCACUCCAAGAGGAAUCUCCAACAACAACUGAGCCAAACCGCAAGUCUUAUGUCUCACUUGACAGUGGGUCAGAUGAGCCAAAUCCCUCUCGGCAGAGCCUGCUGGAGGAGAGUAUGAGUGUUGCUGCUACCGACGGUGGUUCCAGUAAUGAUCGAAUGAGUGUUAUGGUAGCCGAGUAUGAAGAGGAGGAAGAAGAGGAAGAGGACCCAGGCAUGUCCGAUUUCUUGGCUGGCAAUCACUUUGCACCGGCGAACUGGAUGAAGGGUUCUCUUAUCGGCGAGGGUUCUUUCGGAAGUGUUUUCCUGGCUCUACACUCCAUUACUGGAGAGCUUAUGGCUGUGAAGCAGGUUGAAGUUCCUUCCGGCACCAAGGGCACGGAAUUCGAUCAACGCAAAAACCUAAUGGUCACUGCCCUUAAGCAUGAGAUUGAGCUUCUACAAGGAAUGCAUCACCCGAACAUUGUGCAAUACCUGGGCACAGCUGCCGAUGAAGAACACCUGAAUAUUUUCCUGGAAUACGUGCCCGGUGGUUCAAUUGCCACUAUGCUGAAGCAAUACAACACUUUCCAGGAGCCCCUGGUCAAGAACUUUGUCCGGCAGAUCCUGGCAGGUCUUUCCUACCUGCACAGCAAAGAUAUCAUUCAUCGUGAUAUCAAGGGUGCCAAUAUCCUCGUUGACAACAAGGGUGGAGUCAAAAUCUCCGAUUUCGGUAUUUCCAAGCGUGUCGAAGCAUCCCAUGUGCUCGGAUCCCGAGCCAGCCAUGGUGGUGGUGGCCACCUCAACCGUCCUUCUCUGCAAGGUAGCGUUUACUGGAUGGCACCCGAAGUUGUACGGCAAACGGCCCACACAAAGAAGGCUGACAUCUGGAGUUUGGGUUGUCUGGUUGUCGAGAUGUUUAUUGGUGCUCAUCCCUUCCCCGAUUGCAGUCAGCUUCAGGCUAUUUUCGCUAUCGGUAGUAACCAAGCUCGCCCACCGGCACCGGAACAUGUUAGCCAAGAGGCAGUUGAGUUCCUGGAUAUGACCUUCCAGGUUGAUUAUGAGAAGCGGCCUAGUGCGGAUGAGUUGUUGAAGUGUAAGUUUCUGGCUAUGCCAAAGCUGGGAUAA